UCAUGCGAGCUUCAGUUUUCACCAAGUUCUCGUCGGGGUUGAACGAUCGUCGCUCGGUUCGUCUUUCGACAAUCAUCGUGAGAUUACUUCGUCCGUGAAAAACGAAAAUUUCAUCUUCGUGUCACGCAUCUUCGGCUCGUGAUCCCACGUGUUAGUCGAUGAGAAACAACGCCAAGAUUUCGUAUGAAAGUUCUUCUCCAUCCACGUGAGAAGCUUCACCCUCUGUACCGCGAUCCCUUGAUCUUCCUACGCGUUUAGAUACAGUGUAUCCAAAGAAGAACCGCUGACUUUUUACAUUUUAUAAAAACGUCUUUGGCGAACGUCGAAUAUCGCGACAGUUUCAACAACUUUCUACGUUCGUCUCCGCGUUUCGUCAGCGCAGAGAUCGGAAGAUCUGGUCAAAAGCGAACGCUUUGAACUUCUCAGCCUUUUCUUGUCUUGUCUUCUUUUUUUCUGCAGUUAGAAUUUCUAUCUAAGAUCGCAAAGAUUUUGCCGUUUUUGUAGAAUCGAACGAAAGACAGAGAACGGUGAUUUUCACAAAUUUUUCGUUUCUUUCCUUUUCGGGGGAGUUUUCUUUUGUUUUUUUAUUUGAGACUCGAAGAGUUUCGCGAUUUCGUGGCGAAUUUUGACGAGACAACGAAUGAACGAAAAAUGGAGAAAAAUGUGUAGAGAAGACGCGAGUUAAAUUGUUACGAUUUCUUAAAAGACCGAGUGGUGUACUAUAUGGCAACAUCAACCGUGUCGGGACAUCAUGAAGCUGUCAAGGAAAAUUCCACGGAGCUUCUUGAUCGGAUUUCCAUGAAUAGUUGCCCGCCAAGUAGUUUUCCAGACAAUUUUCAAGACUUCUUCGCCGCUCUUAACGAAGACUCGGACGAUUUGCCCAGCAUGCUCGAGGAUAAGUUGAUACCCAGAAAACAGGAGGCCUCGAACUCCGACUCGAAGAGCAGACGAUGGAGCAAAAGGGCGUUUCAGAGGAGAAGCAGCGAGGUGGAGGUUCGUUUGCAUCGCACCUCUUUCACAGGAUCCCAAGGACACUCGAGCGUCGAUGGUCCAAAGUCGCCGACUCCAUCGAGACGUCGUAGCUCUAGCAUAGCGGUAGCCAGGCCGACUCCUGACUUGCACAGGAAACUAGUUGGCCCUUUUUUACACCACAGUAUCAUACAGUUUCUACAAGCAGAAACCGGCCCUUGGGGUCAUUUAUCGCCCUCACCGAGGAGUCCCACAAGAACCCCGGCCAUAAGUCCUGGAACAGCGUCCUCUUCGUCUCACUUGAGUCCAGGCACGAGCCCAGGUGGACCAAGUCCAACUAGCCCAGCUGGUACAGCUGGUUCAGCGUCAGGAUCCCGAGCUCCAGGACCGAAGCAAUAUCGCGGAAGGACCAGCAGUAUGCCGGCGGUUCCACGACACAGACCGAUGCUCGCUGAAACGAAACGCGGUGGCGCCAGCGGGGCCGAUGAGGGAGAAGAAGAUGGAGUGGAAUAUUACAGGCUCAGGUCGUUUUCCAUAACAGCGAAUGGGGUCUAUAACCUCGGCGAUUCGCUGAAGAGCCGACGUAGCAAGAGUAUCAACAGCGUCACAUCCUCUGGCACUAGCUGCAGCAGCACCAGGGAGGCCAGGUUAUUGAGCUCGGCGUCACAGCUUUCAGGCAUGGAAGCAGAGGAAGACACGAGCAACGAACGAGUGGCCACUUAUAAAGUCGGCAUGCUGGGUGCAUCCGGGGUUGGGAAAACCGCCCUCACCGCCCAGUUCACCACCAGCGACUAUAUUUGCGCCUAUGACACUUCCCUGGACGAGGAAUACGGACAGAAAAGUGUUUCCGUGAUGCUCAAUGGCCAAGAAACAGAAUUAGAAAUCAUAGAUCACCCCACGGCGGAGAUGUCGGUGGAAACGUUCUGCUCGACGUACAAUCCGGACGUUUUCGUGGUGGUUUACUCAGUGGUGGACAGGCGUAGCUUGAAAAUGGCCGAAGAUACGUUGAUGUAUCUAUGGAAGAGCGAUUAUAUGGCUAGUCGUGGCGUGAUUCUCGUCGGCAACAAAGUCGAUCUCGAGAGGAAACGGGAGGUUCCAUCCGUUGUUGGCCGACGUUUGGCGAACAACUGCGGCUGCAAGUUCAUCGAAACCUCGUCAGGACUUGCUCAUCACGUGGACGAGCUGCUGGUCGGCAUCCUAGCGCAGAUUAAGCUGAAUCCACAACGGGACCGCGACCAGGCAACCAGACGAAGAAGAAGCAAGCAUCGUAGAAGGAUCUUGAAACACCUGUUGGGCUUCAAAAGGAAAACGAAAAGCUGCGAGGACCUGUUCGUCCUCUAACGUUUGCCCGGCUCGAAGUAACGAUUAAGAAUACGUGAAAAUUAGGUUUGUCGAUCGUCUGAUUCUUCUUUUCUGUGUACGUGAGAAUCGAUAUAUAGGAUGUAUAAAAAAAAAAAAUGCUGAGAUUAGACCUAAGGAACAUGUAGUAGUCGUUAAAAUAAAGAAUAAGAAAAGCAUCUUAUAAAUAGGGCGCGGAUAUUUAUGCGAGCAUAUUUUUAUGAAUACAAUAAGAUAAAAGUGUUAUCUAGAUAGACAGUUAAUUUUAUUUACUAAACGUUACCAUGUAUUUAUUCGUGCGUCUUUGCUUGUUACGUGGGAUUUUGCGUAUUUUGCCGCUAGCUUUCGAUAUUUUCAAUUCCACGUAAACGCAUAACAAUCCGCAACGUACUUGUAAAUAUAGAUACGAAAAUCAUUAUUUUUCGAGACACACCACCUUUUUCAACCGCAAAUUAUCCUUAUUCGUUUAUAUGCGCUUCUUUCGUGCAUCACGCUUUUGUAUAUCAUUGGACAAUGUUAAUAAGUUCUUGUGUAACGUCGAGGGAAUGAAAAUACGUAAAAAUUUGGCGACUAAUUUCUGGCCCCUUAACAAAAGCCUCUCGCACGACUCUGAAGAAAUGAAACUCGAGAAUAGAAUCUCUCACACUCUCGAUAUUUCAUUCAUCUUCGCAUACUACGUGUAUUCUGUGCAUUUUCGCGUUCUUCAAUUUUUCAUGAAUACAUAAUAAUAAUAAUUUUCCAUCCAUCCAUAAUAAUAAUAAUUUUCGUACCAAUAUUUCUUAAUACCUUCUUUAUUACUGUAACAACAAUAACAAAAACGAUAAUAAUAACGAUAACAAUAUCAAUCUCCUAUCGCGACCUUAUCUCAGUAUUUUCUACUCCUAUAUGCUAAUUAUUCUUAAUUUUAUUCGUCGAAGCAGAAGGCUCUUGCCUCUGACAUUGCUCGUACAAAAUAUUCUAAGUUGAUUUUUGUCUAAUUUCUUGUAUAUUAAUUUCACUUUACUCUUCCUCGGUUAGUAACAAUACUUGAGAAUGAUAUUCCGUUUGUAAUAUGCAAUCUACAGGCUGAGUGCCGUGCACAUUUGUACGAUAUAUGCUCUUUGGUUUCUA